UUAUCUACUUUUUGGGGCUCUAUAAUAAGCAAGCAGCUAGCUACCCAGUAAUUCCAGGCAAAGAUGGCAUCUGCACAGCCUGCUACUCUUGAGAACUUCCUCCCAGUUCAGGAGCUCAUCAAACAGCCUAUCCUUUCAGUCCCACCAAGCUACGUUCAGUCUCAUCUUGAAACCUUCAUUUCUGAUUGCUUUCCACCAGUUCCAACUAUUGACUUCAAACUCCUGCUUUCAGAAGGAACCACUGAAUUAGAACUCCAAAAGUUGCACUCUACUUGCAAAGAAUGGGGCCUCUUCCAGUUGGUGAAUCAUGGAGUUAGUUCUUCACUUCUGGACAAUCUGAAGCAGGAGAUUGAAGAGUUUUAUAAUCUUCCUUUAGAAGAGAAAAUGAAAUACAAAAUCAGGCCAGGCGAUGUUGAAGGGUUUGGAACUGCGGCCAGAGUCGGAGGAAAAUUUGAUUGGGGUGAUAUGUUAUACAUGACAACCAACCCAAUCCUUAGGAGAAAGCCUCAUCUUCUCCCAGAGCUCCCUUCAUCUCUGAGAAACAACUUGGAAAAUUACAUACUGGAACUGCAAAAGCUGUCCAUGGAGCUUAUUGGGUUUGUGGGGAAAGCCCUGAAGAUAGAGAAAAAGGAAAUGGAGGAGAUGUUUGAUGAUGGGUUGCAGUCAGUGAGGAUGACAUAUUAUCCUCCAUGUCCACAGCCAGAGCUGGUUCUAGGGAUUACUCCUCACUCAGAUGCAACUGGUAUUACAAUCCUCAAUCAGAUUAAUGGAGUUGAUGGUCUUCAGGUUAAAAAAGAUGGGGUUUGGAUUCCUGUGAGCUUCCUCCCAGGUUCACUUGUUGUAAAUGCGGGAGACAUUCUUGAGAUUUUGAGCAAUGGACUGUACCAUAGCAUCGAGCACAGGGUAGCUGUGAAUUCAGAGAAAGAAAGGAUUUCCAUUGCAUUCUUCGUCAACCCGAAACUUGAAGCAAAGAUUGGGCCUGCAACUGCUCUGAUAAAUCCACAGAACCCACCAUUGUUUAGAAGAACAGGGAUGGAAGAAUAUAUAAGAGAUUUCUUCUCUCGUAAGCUCAAUGGAAAAUCGUACUUGGAACAUAUGAAAAUUCAGAUUAAAGAUGUCAAUUAGCAUUCUCAUCUAGGCAUAUGAGAUAUAAAAUUGAUCGAGUAUUUUCCAAUGGUUACAAUGUAUAUCAUUCCAAUUCUGGGUAGCUUAAUAAAAAAGAAUUCCAACAGAUUUUCCA